GUUUGCUGGAGUAGGCCCUGGACACAGUGACGGGAAGUACAUCUACACUCCUACGGUCGGAGAUUUGGCAGUCUGGAACGAUCAGAAGUGCUCCAAGAAUGUUCCCGUGGCACACUUGCGGGUCGCACGCGUCUUCGAGGAACAGGUGGAGGGCCUCGCGCUCUUUCCGCCGAAGAUCCUGGUGGUGGCCUCCAGGACCUGGAACAUGCAGAACCGCAAUUUCUGGAGUCGUCUUCGGUUCUACGAUGCGGGCAAGAUCGGGAGCUCUGCGGACUCUCGGAAGGAGCACUUGUUCGUCCGGACCAUUGCCGGGACCAUCGCCUCGGUGCUGGUCAUGCAGGAAGACCUUCUGGUCACGGUCACCAAUACCUAUGUAGGCGGCCACUACAUCAGAUCCUUCCCGCGCGUCCUUCUCGCACACGAUGCACCCAGUGUUUCUGUCAGUGUGCCAGAUCCUUUGCGAAAGAUUUUGGCCUUUCGGGACUUCAUUGUGGCAGCUUCUGUCAAGGAGGUCUUCAUCCUGCCACAUUUCCAGACGUCUGGAGAGGUCCACGAGGCCAACUGGACGGUCCCCAGCAACGAAUCUGCCACCCAGACCAUCAUUGAUAUGUGCAUUUUUGGGGAGAAAUACCUCGCCGUCGCGGCCAAUGGCCUCUUGAGUUACCCCGUGGCCUUUGAUCAUGAGGGUCCCGAAGGAUUCGGCCACUUCUUCGUCUUCGACAUGUCAAAAGCCUUCGAGGUUGGCCUGGAAGGGUCAUUGGUUAUGACACACAGCACUUCCACCAUUUUGUGCGUGAGUCCCAUCACUGGCAUUGGAUUUGCCGUGGGCACCCAGGACAACCAGGUGCUGCUCUUUCAUCAUCCCGGCCGUUCAGCUGAGUCCGCGCCCUACAAGCGGCUGAAAGUCGUGAAGUCUGCGCCCACGAGGCUUCACUUCAUCCAUGGCGCUUUCUUGGCCGUUGGCAGCAACGACUUCUCGGUCGAAAUCUUUGAUUUGAAAACCUUGCUUCCGGGAAGGAAGAAGAUGCUGCCGAGCUUGGUGCUGCCGGUGGAGAGCCAAGUGGUGGACUUCUUGGAACUGCCCGGCUUGGCCUGGGCGGUCGCUGGACUCCACCAGGUGCAAUUCUUCGGUGCUCAAGCCACAGCGAACCGUGCGGGGAACGAGCUGGCCUCCUUCAACGAAGGAAGAGUAUCCAUGACGUUGCCAUUGUCGCAGUCUCGUGUGGCGCUGGGCUUGAGAGAGUCACCCGAAGUGUUGGUGCACUCCGUGCACAAAAGGGGUAUCAGGUUGGAGUUGGCCCUUCGCCUGCCGCACAACCAGUCCUUUGCAACCGUGGCGAUCGAGAUGGCUGGAAACCUCUUGGUGGUGGGGCAACACCCCCGCAAUGUCUCAUUGUAUAACCUCUCAGGCGCUAUCUCGGAAGCAUCCGAACUGGCCUCGGCCGUCACCAUGCCCACCGGCACGCCGGUCACCUCUCUGGCCUGCCGAGGGUCGACCUUGCUCGCGGGAUGUAUGCACGGAAUCACCGUGCUGGACGCCCAGCAGCAGAGGACCAUCUCCCAUCUUCGCUUGGCGGCCACCGUGUGGUCGAUCGUGGAUUUGGGGAACGGACUCUGGGCGGCCGGCAGCGACUCGGAGGUGGGCGACGGGUCUGGACGAGUGGGUCACAAACAGCAGGUCGGGGUGGACGCUCACGAUCCCCUGUGA